UGAGCCGCCCGCUGGCCCGCCCCCGCAGCCGGCCCGGGAGCCGCAGCCCAGGCAGCCAGGGAUUCUCCAUCAUAAGUACCCUAUUCACAACUAAAUCCAAAUCUCCACUGUCUGGAUCUCCUAAAGGUCAGCAAUUCGGUUCCAUUGCUGAGUUUGCCUGCAUUCAAAGCUCUUUGCCUACAGUAACUUGCUCUGGUUGGAAGUGAACAUGUCUCAAGUUCAAAUUCAGAAUCCUUCUACUGCCCUUGCAGGGAGCCAAAUAUUGAAUAAGAACCCAUCUCUUUCACAGCCACUGAGUAUUCCUUCUACUACUAGUUCUUUGCCCUCUGAAAAUGCAGGUAGACCUAUCCAAAAUUCUGCUUUACCCUCUGCAUCUGUUACAUCUACCAAUGCAGCUGCAGCUCCUUCUAACAUGGCAAACCCCAAAGAGAAAACCCCAAUGUGUCUUGUGAAUGAGUUAGCCCGUUUCAACAAGAUUCAGCCUGAAUAUAAGCUUCUGAGUGAGCAAGGUCCAGCUCAUUCAAAGGUGUUUACUGUGCAGCUGACUCUCGGGGACCAGCACUGGGAAGCUGAAGGAACUAGUAUUAAAAAAGCGCAACAUGCAGCAGCUGCCAAAGCCUUGGAAGGGACGAAGUUCCCUAAGCCUACAGCUCGUCCAUCUCGUAGUGAAGGCAAGAAUCCAGACAGUGUAACCCCCACAGUGGAGUUGAAUGCGCUUUGCAUGAAGCUGGGAAAGAAACCUAUGUAUAAACCUAUUGAUCCUUACACGGGGAUGAGAUCCACUUACAACUAUACAAUGAGAGGUGGUACUUACCCUCCACGGUACUUUUACCCAUUUCCUGUUGGGCCUUUACUUUAUCAAGUUGAGCUUUCAAUUGGGGGGCAACAGUUUCAUGGGAAAGGAAGAACAAGACAAGCUGCUAAACAUGAUGCAGCUGCUAAAGCACUGAAAGUUCUACAGAAUGAGCCCUUGCCUGAGAAACCAGAGGUUAACGGAAAAGAACCAGAUGAUGAAAAUCUCAAUAAAUCUGAAAUAAGCCAAGUUUUUGAGAUUGCACUUAAAAGGAACUUGCCUGUGAAUUUUGAGUUUUUCCCUCUGAAACAGGUGACCAAGGAAAGUGGUCCUCCCCAUAUGAAGAGCUUUGUAACCAAGGUGUCGGUUGGAGAAUUCAUGGGUGAAGGUGAAGGAAAGAGCAAGAAGAUCUCAAAGAAAAACGCUGCAAUAGCAGUCCUAGAAGAACUGAAAAAAUUGCCACCCCUUCCUACGGUUGAGAAAAUGAAGCCACGAAUCAAAAAGAAAACAAAAUCAAUAGUGAAGCUGCAAACAAGUCCAGAAUAUGGUCAAGGCAUGAAUCCCAUUAGCAGACUUGCCCAGAUACAGCAGGCCAAGAAAGAGAAGGAACCAGAGUACAUGCUCAUCACAGAACGCGGUCUUCCAAGACGCAGGGAAUUCGUCAUGCAGGUGAAAGUUGGUGUACACACAGCUGAAGGAAUGGGCACAAACAAAAAGGUUGCUAAACGCAAUGCAGCUGAAAAUAUGUUGGAAAUUUUAGGUUUCAAAAUCCCUCAACCUCAGCCUCCAAAACCAGCAUUAAAGACAGAAGAGAAGACACCAGUGAAGAAACCAGGUGAUGGAAGAAAAGUAACUUUCUUUGAGCCGGGCUCUGAAGAGACUUCAACUAGUAAUAAAGAAGACGAGUUUAGGAUGCCUUAUCUCAGUCAUCAGCAGCUUCCCGCUGGAAUUCUUCCCAUGGUCCCUGAGGUUGCACAGGCUGUAGGAGCCAGUCAAGGACACCACACCAAAGAAUUCAAUAGGGCAGCCCCAAAUCCUGCCAAGGCUACUGUAACAGCAAUGAUUGCUAGAGAGCUAUUGUAUGGUGGUACUUCUCCUACUGCUGAGACCAUAUUAAAAAAUAACAACUCAUCAGGCCAUGUGCCCCACGGACCACUUACCAGGCCCUCUGAACAGCUGGACUAUCUUUCCAAUGUUCAAGGAAUCCAGGUUGAAUAUAAAGACUUUCCAAAAAAUAACAAGAAUGAGUUUGUGUCUCUUAUAAACUGUUCCUCUCAGCCACCACUGAUCAGCCAUGGAAUUGGGAAGGAUGUAGAAUCUUGUCACGAUAUGGCUGCAUUGAACAUUUUGAAGUUGCUGUCUGAGCUGGACCAACAAACCACAGAGAUGCCAAGAACAGGAAAUGGACCAAUGUCUGUAGAAGUUAAAAUACCAAGGGCUGUUACCUUGCUGAGAAGGACGAGAGGAUGUGUGAAACAAGAAAUGGAAAGUGAUCCUCUUCUCAAACCGGCUAACUCAAACACUUUGGGACAAACACUGGACAGCACUGCCUAAAAAGGCUUUUGACUGGACCCAAACAUGAAAGCACCAGAGAAAAUCAAAUGCUUCCUAUUAAUGUAACCUGUUUUAGAGUGCUACAGUCUUUACAACCUACUGUAGUGUCUAAAUCAUAACUGUUGCUUUUUCUUCAAACAGUGAUAAAUUUUUAGUUUCAUUAUGUUGUUUUGAUUGAAAUGACACUAUAAAUUUUUCAUUUAAAAGUUUCUUAAUUGUAUCUAGAACGAUAGCACAGUUUAGAAACUUUGUCUUCUGAGACUGACAUGUUAUCUGUGAACUAACUUGGGAAGAUCAUAUCCAUGUAUGUGGUUAUUUUGUUUUUAUUGAAAUAGCAAGUUUCUCUGCAAACCAAUUGUGUGCCCACCAUUUUUAAGAAGUCCAGAAUUUUCUCAAACCUGGUGUAAUUAUCCAACGGUUGAAUGAAUUAUUACACUUCAGGAAUUUUAAACUUCAAUCAUAUUUGGUUAAUUUCUAGUUUUGUUGAGUAGGGGUAUGGGAGCUUGAAUGCAACGUGACUUCAAGUGAUCUCUGAUCUGUGUUUUAAGGAUUGUGCGUGUAGAUGGCACACAGCUCACUGCAUUACAGGAUAUGAUCUCAAUGUAUAAAAACCGCAGAUUGAUUUUCCUUGAGUGCUUUAUGCUGUUUAAUUACAUCUCCAUGUAGGGCUGAAAAAAAUUACCUAUGUUUAUAUAUAAACUGUGUUGCUUUUGAUGUUGUGUUAUUGCGCACUGAACUGUGUGCAAUAAAGUAUUUGCAUAUGGUCCAGGUAAAGCACGAUAGCCUUGCAAGUUAAGUACUGCUUCAGUUCAUUGUUUACGCUGGAAUUUUUUCUCCCCAUGGAAUGUAAGUAAAACGUAGUGUUUGUCACCAAUAAAUGGUAAUACUAAAUUUUUUUGGGGGUUAAUUUAUUCUUGUAUGCCACUACAGGGGCUGCUUUUCUAUAGGAUUUGUAAUGCUUGUGAUAUAGUCCGGGCGGUAUUGUAAAGCUAUGGCGUAACUGUACAAUGAUUAUCAACAGCAUAUAAAUAACUACUAUUUAGUGAUGUGGAGAAUGUGAAAAAUUGGCAAGGUCGAGGAGAUUCAAAAGUAAUGUAGGUACAUCUUGUAAUUUGUGCCACAGUGUAUUAGUGCAACUGUAUUCAUGGGAGCUUAAACUAACCUUGUGAUUAUGACAGGAAGCCUGGUGCAACAGGUUGGAAUGAUUUUUCUCUAGUUUCAAGUUUCCUUGUUUGCUUGUAAUUUGAGUCAUAACUUUGCCUUGCACUUAGUAAUUCUGGGGAAGUAGUGCUUUAAAAAAAUGAAACGAAACUUUCCCUCUAGCAACAGAAAUUGGCACUGUGGGCUGACCCAUGGCAGUGUGUCAUUUGGAUGUGAACUAUGUUCAUGUGUACUUAACUGGUAAUCUGUAGCAACACUUCUUAUAUGCAGUGUGUAUAGUAACUCGUCGUAGAAAGCAGUUACUGCACAUGUAACUCUGAGCUAAAUGUCUCAGCCUUUUUUAUUUGCAUUAUCAAAAGCAAUUGGGCUACAUUAACUGCAUACCAAAUUUGAUGGAAUCAAGUUGGUUUUGAUCAUUAUAAGCGCAAAAAACAUUGUAAAGGUUUUGUUUUUUUUUAACAUUUGUAGAACUAAAUGAUGUACAUUGAAAAAUUAAAAGAAACUUGCUAGGCUGAGGCUUUGUAUUGCAAAUUCUUACAACUUAUAAGCUAUUUAUCAAACAAAACUGGGAAACAAAUACCACAUCGAUAGCAGUGUAGAUGGUCUCCCUGCACCUAUCUGCUGCAACUUAGUUUUCUCUUUGAAUGGAUCUUCUGGCUUUUUGUAAGUCAUUUGUUGAUAAUGCUGUUUCCUGUGAAUUUUAAGGUACUUUGCCACAGGUGUCUCUAUUUCAGUGCUCGUAAAUGCAUCAAUGAUCAUAGAGGUGCUGUCUAAGAGAAGGUUCUUUUUGUGAAAGACCUUAUAGUAAGAGCCAUGUGAUGGAAGAAUUCAUGGCCAUGUGUGGAUUCUAGGUAACACAAGUGAGUUCUAAAUAAGUGUGGGGUUUUUUCUAGAGCACUAUAGUCACUUUUUUUUUUUCUGUUGACUCCUCUGUGCUCGAAGCAGCACGUGCUGAUAAGAAUGAUUGCUUACCAUACGUAAUGGAAAGGCUUUAUAUUACACUUUAGUUCAGCUGACACUACAGGAUGUUCCACAAAGAAGAGAAAUAUAAAAAAUAAGAACAGAAACUGAGGUAAAUAAGAAAUACCCUGACUGCAGUAAUCUAACAGGCUAGUGUUGGUAUAAAGUACACAUUUCUGAGUACUAGCAAAGUGCUGUCUGAAAAGAUGCAUCUUUGGAUUCUUUCUUCAAAAUAAUAAUCUUUGAAAUAAUAAAUCUUACUACGUUCACUUUCCAGUCUUUAUAAAAUCUUUUGACUGCAACAGAGUGAGCUGGAGCUUCAGAAUGUGAUCAUCAGUCUACAUUAGCUUGGGCUCAGUGCCACACUUGCAGUCUUACCUUUCAUUAAUGAUCCCAUUACAAAACAAACAAAAAAUGUAUAAGGUCUGUUCUAAAACAACCUUGUCAUAUUCAGAUCUUAAUUGGCUAAUAUUGUUUUCCCUCCAUCCGAUUUCCUCCCUGUUAUCUUAUUUGGCUCUACUUAAAUUACGACCAACUUUUUUCGUAAAUGAAUGCAUGUUUCCCCGUGUUUCUCCCAAAAUAUUUGGCAGUAUGACACUACUGUUCUUGCUGUCCCAGAAUCUGCUGUAUAUUUAGUAAACUGUGAAAUUCUGCACUCCUUUAGUUGUAUAGAGAACUUCCCUUUAAAAUUACCAUUUCUAAAGGGGAAUAAAGAAAACAAAGUACGUAGUAUGGUACAUCACUCUUGUAACUAUUAUGCUAACAAUUGAUACAGUGGCCUUGUUUCUUUUCAGAAUUUAUGACAUUAUUAUUCCAGCCUUUCAUAGAGCUGGUGUUCUGCAAGUGGAGCUGCUUUGAAGCUGCUGCUUUGAGGUGGAAGAAGGUGAUUCAAUCCUGAUUCCCAAAGGGACAGGUCAUUGAAUGAUAGGAGUAUGGUGUGGCAGAAAAAGCCACUGAAUUUCAGUCCACUUAAGCCUUUUUAGAUCUUUUUAAUGCCUAUCCAUCCUACUUUCAAAAGGAAAUACAGAGCACACGAACUGUAAAGUAGCAGCUUGGGAUUUUCAAAAAGAUUCUGGAAGUAUUUUUAUGUUAAUUUUCUAGUUGUUCAGGUUAUAAAUAAUAGCAGCAGAGACUAGAGAGAGUAGGCAGUACGUUUUCCUUCACCAAAGGAAAUGUCCUAUCUGCCAGUACUCCUUGGCUUGGAUGGACUCUAGUCUUCAAGUUGUUAUUUUCUGGUAUUGGAAGGAAAGCACUUAUUACUGCUUUCAAAAAUGUCAAAGCCUUAAGCCAGUUCUAAUGUCUAGCAGCUUUUACAUUGCUUUUCUUAAAGUGCUUCUCUGCUUUUGUCAAGUGCUGCACUUAUUAGUGGAUCUUGUCAAGAGUGAUACCAUGCCACUGUUUGUUGGAGAAAUGCAGUCAAAUGUCCCAUUUCAAUGCCCUGUAUAAGAACCUGAGAAUUGGCUUUGUAGAUGUGCUGCCUACAAAACUUAACAAAGUGAAGCCUUUUCCAGUGCUGUGUUACUGGGCUUAAUGAUUGCUGUCUAAGUUUCCUAUUUUAAUAACAACUUGGACUCUAAACAUGGUGUAUAAGGUGGGUAAUUGAAUAGCCAAAGUUCAUUCAGGAAGUAUUAUUUGCUUUCUUCAAUGGGUCAGUUUGUUAUUCAUGAGCUGAAAAAGUGCAACGCGUAAAGGGGAAUAACUAAAUUCAUUUCAGGGAAUUAUUUUAAAGCAAAUUAUUUUAUCUGUUAUUAGGAAACCCUCACUUCCCAAAGGAAGAGAAACAAUUUUUCAUGACUUCCACACUGAAACUGAUGGUGUUGGAUCUUGCAAAAAAGAAGAAUCUGCAAAAUUUAUUUUGGAGAAUGCUGACCUGUAGGUAGCCACAGUGUGCCUACAUAAUGAGCAGCAGUGUGGAUUUACUGGGAUACAUGUUUUUUCCAUGAUAUUAAAAUGUAGUCCCAUAUUUCAAAUAGUGUUUAGAAUGGCAUUUUGUUUCACACUUAGUUCUAGUUGCAGUGACAGCGCUAUCACUGAAGCUCUUAUACUGGUUCACCUUGUCUCAAUUGGACUUCAAUUGGAAGGCUGGUGUUUUCUUAGGAUAAAUCCUGCCUGAAUGGACUCAGCCAGGAGAUCUGCCACUAGUAAGGCACUUAUUUGCCCAGAGGAUUGAGAGCAUUCAUUUUAUUAAUGUACAUUGGAGUUAAAUUUAGACGUACUUGGCAUUCCGUUGCAAUUACUGUAUUAUUUAAGGAUCAAACCAAAAUUCUGUUCUAACUUGUUUGUCAAAGUUUAAAGUAGGAUUUUUGUUCUCAUGUAAUAAUGUGUAAAGACAAAUGGUGAAGGCUGCAGAAGUGCCUAACUCCAGGAAGGGGCAGGAUGUUUGUGUACCAUUUGAUGCAAUCUUGUUUUGUGAAGCAGCCACAUAAUUGUUUGGUGCUUUUAUUUUGAAUCUGCAGAUAAACAGAACAAGUGUGUAUCAGUGUAAAAGCUUCCUUAAGGGCUUCAGAUUAAGAAAUACGGUCCAGAGAUAGUUACCAGUCUGAAAAUACUCAGCUUAAUCUCUUGACUGCAACAUGCUGUAUUGCUUUCCAUUACCUCCUGCUUGGAUUUAUACACUUACUUAAUACUCAAGAACUUCUGAACAAGAACCUCAACAUCCUGUGAAAGGAGGUUAGGGAACACAAGUUGUUAAAGCAAAAUCUCUAGGAUGUUCAUUUAAUCUCUCUGGAUUAGAACUGCAUUAAGAGCAUACAGAUGGUGAAUUUUACUUAUCCAAGAGUUUAUUUUAUUCUCAGACAAAUUAUUUUUUGUACUGCUAGCAGCAUCCUAAUGAAACAAAGCGUAUUCAACUAGAAAUGAAAAUAGCACUUUUAAACUGUAUUUCCUCUCCUACUUCCAAUUUCACAGUAUUUUAGCAAUCUGCUAAGAGACAGUGUUUCAGAUUUUGAAUGUCUUUAUUUAUGCCAAAAAUAUCCUUGACAGAAUGUGCUAUUAAUACUGUCAUCCUAAACUACCAUUGUUUCAUUACUUUUUUUGUUAUUUUUAUUUUUUAGAGAAGAUAUGCUCCUUAAGAAGGCAAACUGGGCUCUGUGCUAAAGGGACAAAACCUCUGACAUUUUUCAUGGCUAAGUCUAAAUGCAAAAGCUGUUUGGGUACAACUGAGCAUCUCUAUAGGUGCAAUCUCCUAUUCCCCAUUUUAACAUGGGUACAAUCUCUUAAGUUGCUGUUCUUGAAAUUUUAAAAUUGUUACAAAGUACAUCACAGUAAAGAUAUAUCUUGUGGCCUGACUGCUAAGUAUUGCUUUCAUUGUAGUUUUUACACAGCAGAUUGGUUUUUAUGGAGAGAAGGCUAUUUAGCUCUUGCCAAGAAAAAACAAUUGGGAAAUGAAAGUAUCACUGAAAAAGUAAAUCCAUCAGUAGUUUGUUGUAAAAGAGAUUCAGUAUAACUUCCCUACAAACUGCCACUGUAUUUGCAUAAAACGUUUGUCUAGUCCCUUUUAAAGAUUGCUGAGUGCAUACUGAAGUGUUUAUAUGCUAAAAUGUUGAGCCACUGAGUUACUUUGAUUCCUAAAGGGGAUAGAAACUUGAAGAAAAUGUGCUGCAUCAAAUUCACAGAAGUUAAAUACAUUUAAAUAAUUGUCUCUUCUAAGCAUUCUUAGCUGGCUGUGUUGUGCUUUCUCUCGUACUGUGUGAGUUGAAAAGUAUUGUAACGUAUUCCUGCACAGUCUUUCAACAUUGCAGUUGAGAAGUUUGUCCCAUGUAAAUGGACCAACACUCAGUUACUUUUGCAUGAUAAAAAUGUUCACACCCUUCUCUAAAGUUACUUUCAAGUUGAUACCAUAUUGGUCCAUUGCUCCAUCUUGUUACGACAGAGCAGUGUCUUAUCAAUGCCUAUGUAAAAUUAAUUUGCUAAUAAUAAAAGAGAGUAAUCUGUAAGCCA